CAGAAAAGUGCCGAUCUGACAGUCUCCCACACACUUUCUCCAGCACUAACACACACUCCCUCUCCGUCUCACAGCCAUGGGUUCAGCGCUGUGGGUCUUUCUGCUGUGCCUGCACGGCUACCUGCUCACACAUGCUCUCGAGUGUGCCGACGGAGGCAGAGACUGCGCUGCUGGGGAGGUUAGCGAGGUCAAGUUGAGGGUUCGGCGACACACUGACCCAGACAGAGAGAGAGGAGGUCACCUUGGCCAAGCCCACCUACCAGGAUCAUUUUCAGCCAAGGGCAUCCCCAAUGCUCUCAUUCAGGCUGAUAGAGCGAGGCGUCAUCUGAACAUCAAUAGGAAGAAACACGUUCCUCGCAAAUCGAGAGUCGGCACUUUCUCGCUGCUCAAACACAACCCCUCCAAUCCUCUGCAGGUCGUUCGAGCUCGAAGACACACUGAAGCUGCCGCCAUUCCAGACCUGCCUCCAUUAAAGACAGUGAAGCAGAGGCCCAGGAGAAGUGCAGCCAAAAAGAAGAAGAACACAAAAGCUGCAGUCUGCUCCUGAGACGGGACGCCCAUCCACAGACGUCAAAACAAACCAAAGGCUAAUACAUGAAAAUUAAAUCAGUUCAUCUGGGAAACAAACACAUACUGACUCCAUUCACACUUACAGCUGCCGUCCUGGAGGCCUUUAUUGUUCGGUAAUUGCAGCACAGCUGGAAGCUGUAAUUGAGGGUCAGUGUCUGCUAAUGGUCACUGUCGCUCAUUUGGCACUUCAGAAUUCAAAGGCCUUUGUUUUACAGCAAUAAAAGGAGUGUUUAUGUAAGAUUUCAAUAGAUGAUAAAUAAUGGAGCACAUCUGAAUUUACAAAAAAAAAAAACAUUUAAACGAUAUUUAGUAAUGGCAGGACACUGGAACAGGCCAAGUAUGCUUUUCUUUAUAAUAUUCUUAUAUAGUGCAAAUGUUAUAUAAUGCAGAAGUGCAAAAAUAUGCAUGUAUACAGCAUUUUUCUUUACAGAAAUUCAUGCAAAACAGGUGCUAUCAAAAAUUCUAUUACUUUCAGGCUGUAUUCAUACAUACAAAACUCCAGAAAUGCAUUUAUAGCCAUUUAUGUAUAACCAAAAGUUCACACUUUCAUAUUAUUUUAUUCUUUUGUAUGAAGCUAAUAUAAAAAGAUGGAUUGUUUUUGUUCCUAAUGUAACAAAUGAUAUGCGUGUGAUAUAUGUGCAGUGCUUUAUCAGAUAUAUUUACAGUACGACGUAAAAUGUAAAGUCUUUAUAAAUAUGUAUUGGAUCAUGUAAGUCCAUGUACUGAUGAUACAGUCUAUUAUAUCAUGUUUUAAAUGUGGACACAUCAAUGAAGAUGUCUUGUAUUAAGGUUGUCAUUUAAUCAUGUUCAGUUCAGUUCUAUUGGCAUUUUUGUAAUAAAAAAUAAAGCUAAUAUUUAAAGUAAAAACAAGUUACACAA